UCUGUCAUCUAUACAAAACAACAAAAUACAGUCCACAAAUUCCCUCCGGGUAUUGGUGACAAUUGUGCACUCCACCAUCUCUCUUGGACUCCACCAAAUCCAGCUGCUGUCACCAACGACCCCCAGCCCCCUUUUUACAUGGUCCAUCGAUCCUCCAACAUGGUAAGCUCGAGAAGAGAGCAUGCAGAACAGCGAAAAUCAUCACCAAACAAAAAUGGAGAAAACAGAAGAUCAUCCCUUACACGUCGGUCACGUUCCCCAAAUGUCUACAGGUGCAAACUAUGCGAUAGAUUCCAUGCACUUAAAGUUUGCCCUACAUUUUUAAGUAUGAGCCCAAAACAAAGGAACAUUUUCGUCCUACGUGAAACCUACUGUGCGAAUUGCUUGGCACGAAGCCAUAGAUUUCGGGACUGCAGAUCCAGAAACAUGUGCCGUAUUUGUGCCAGGCCCCACAAUACUUUACUGCAUCCUAACUACAUCAAUCGCAAACCGAAUCAAUCUAAUGGGAAAACCACCAAGCACAAAACGACUGGCAGUCUUCGCAGAGCAGCCUACAAUAACAGCAACACGGGUCAAACGACACCAGACAAUAAUGUAGCAGCGGCAAACCAGAAGAUUCUGUCUGAGGCAAUUCGGGCCUUGGCUUCCGUGCUUUGUUGACACCAAAAUAACUUUUUGUUGCCCGGCAGCAUGUCUAAACUCAAUGUUUAGACUUAACUAUUUUGAAUUUGAAUAUAACUGACUCUUAGUUCUAUGGCUCACCUAUCUAAACUCUAGUUUUAAAAUCAAUGGAAAUAAAGAAUUAAUCUUUUGUAGCUUUGAACUAACCCUAUUGUGAAUUAUUUGUAUUUAUGAAUUUUAUCUAAAUAUCUGUCAUAGAUUUCUUGGUGAGCCAUAGAACCAAAACUACUUCACUUUUUACUUGUAUCCCCAACGGUGAGCAUCCAAUUAUUUCCCAUAAAAGACAUUUGAACUCCAACGAAAUUCCCCACUUUGUUCUUUUCUUUGGCGCCAACUUCUACUUUCUCAUAUACUGAGAAAUUAUAAUAUCCACAUACAUUCCAUACCUGCAACGUAAGUUGGGUGUUCUGUCAUCUAUACAAAACAACAAAAUACAGUCCACAAAUUCCCUCCGGGUAUUGGUGACAAUUGUGCACUCCACCAUCUCUCUUGGACUCCACCAAAUCCAGCUGCUGUCACCAACGA